UCCCAAGAUCAAGUGACAGAGAAGUGUUUUGGUCCUUCAGAAUAUUAAAAAUGAUGAAAAAUUUUACCUUUGUUUCACUCCAAAUCCCAAGAAAAUUUAUUUAUACAAGAAAUGGAGAGAAAGUUGCUAUUUUGUGAUCAUUGAUUUCAGAGUGCUGCACCUCAGAAAAUAGAGUAAAUUCUCUGGUGUUAACCAGACAAAUUUCACACUUGGGAACUGUUUGCCCAUCUUGUCCCAUCUAUGACCUUCCCAACCACCACAGGCUCGGUUCUCCACCUCCAUAACAACUCGAGAACAGGCGACAAGAACCGUUCUAGCCAACCUAGGAAAAUGUCCAAACCCACAUUUUACCUUCUAGCACUGUUUUUGCUUUACACCCAUUUGAAAUUUUGUGAUGGGGUUUCAGUUUCAGGCCUCAAUUCGUUUGAAAAGAGUGAGAUUGAUGCCAUGGUGAGGAGGGGUUGCACCAAGAAGAUUGGAGACUGCCUUGAAGAACCGGAGAUGGAGUCGGAGAUCAGCAAGAGAGUCCUUAUGAUGCAGAAGAAAUACAUAAGCUAUGAGACACUGAAGAGGGACAUGGUUCCAUGUGCAAAACCUGGUGCAUCUUACUAUGAUUGUCAUGCUGGAGAGGCUAAUCCUUACAGCAGAGGUUGUGAAGUUAUUACAAGAUGUCGUGGAAAUUAACAAUUUGGGUACAAACUAGUUAAAAUUGACAUCAGCUUUGUGCUAUUAUUACAUUUCUAGAUUUUGCGUCUUAAUUUAAUAUUCCUAUAUUGAUUUCCCAUAUGCAUGAACAUAAGCUUAAUUUUUAGAAAGAUCUGGGUUAUCCUUUUCAGAUCAAUUUAAGUGAAUGGUGAUAUGAGAUGAGUUUAGUUUGUCUUGCCC